CCUGCCGCCCGUCCUGGCGGCGCUUGGGCUUUCCAUCUAAAAUAUUAUCAUUCUGGUGAAGAAAAAAUAUUGCCAUGAACAGUGUAACUCUUUCAUAGGUGAGUGACUGCUUCUUGGGAACUUUGUGAAAAUCCUGUGCUGUCUUUUCUGAUUCCUAGCAACUGCUUUGUCGCUGAAGAGUUCCUGUAAACACUAGAAAAUCCUGCUGGUAGGAUAUGUUCUGGAGGUUUACUACAGAAACAAUCAAGGAAGAAAUAUUUUGCAAAUGGGAUGAAUACGCUGUUGUUGACUAAUAACUGACAGAAACCAGCUGGACACUUCAUUAGUGAUGUCUUUGCUUUCACGUUGUUGAAUUUGAGUUUGCUAUUACUGAAUUAAAAAGAAGAAAUCAAAGCGGAGUACCCUAAACUUGAAAUGGAGAAUAAAAAAAAAGACAAGGACAAACCAGAUGAAAGAAUGGCACGACCUAGUGGGAGAUCAGGCCACAAUCCACGGGGAUCCAGUUCUUCACAUUCUGGAGUGUUAAUGGUCGGACCUAAUUUUAGAGUUGGCAAAAAAAUUGGAUGUGGUAAUUUUGGAGAACUACGAUUAGGGAAAAAUUUAUACACAAAUGAGUAUGUGGCCAUUAAGCUGGAGCCAAUGAAGUCUAGAGCACCACAGCUACAUUUGGAAUACAGAUUCUACAAGCAACUAGGAUCUGGAGAUGGAAUACCUCAGGUCUACUAUUUUGGCCCGUGUGGCAAAUAUAAUGCCAUGGUGCUGGAACUAUUGGGACCUAGUUUGGAAGACUUAUUUGAUUUGUGUGAUAGGACUUUUUCUCUUAAAACUGUUCUUAUGAUAGCCAUACAGUUGAUUUCACGUAUGGAAUAUGUCCAUUCAAAGAACUUGAUUUACAGAGAUGUAAAACCCGAGAACUUCUUAAUAGGACGACCUGGAAACAAAACUCAGCAAAUUAUUCAUAUUAUAGAUUUUGGUUUGGCAAAGGAGUAUAUAGAUCCAGAAACAAAGAAGCACAUACCAUAUCGAGAACACAAGAGCCUUACAGGAACAGCUAGAUACAUGAGUAUAAAUACACAUUUAGGAAAAGAGCAAAGCAGAAGAGAUGAUUUGGAAGCUUUAGGUCAUAUGUUUAUAUAUUUUCUCAGAGGAAGCCUCCCAUGGCAAGGUUUAAAGGCUGAUACAUUAAAAGAACGUUAUCAGAAAAUUGGAGACAAAAAACAAACAACACUUAUAGAAGUAUUGUGUGAAAGAUUCCCAGAGGAAAUGGCUACCUAUCUACGCUAUGUGAGAAGACUGGAUUUUUUUGAAAAGCCAGACUAUGACUACUUACGAAAGCUUUUCACAGACUUAUUUGAUCGCAAGGGCUAUGUGUUUGAUUAUGAAUAUGACUGGAUUGGCAAGCAGUUGCCUACUCCAGUGGGUUCAAUUCAUUCAGAUUCUGCACUGUCAUCAAACAGAGAAGCACAUCAGCACAAAGAUAAAAUGCAGCAAUCCAAAAAUCAGUCAACAGAUCAUAGGGCAGCUUGGGACUCCCAGCACAACAAUCCACACCACUUGAGAGCUCACUUAGCAGCUGACAGACAUGGUGGCUCAGUACAGGUAGUAAGUUCAACAAAUGGAGAAUUGAACACAGAUGACCCAACUGCAGGCUGUUCAAAUGCACCCAUCACAGCUCCUGCGGAGGUAGAAGUCAUGGAUGAAACAAACUGCCAGAAAGUGUUGAACAUGUGGUGUUGCUGUUUGUUCAAGCGAAGGAAAAGAAAAACCAAUCAGCACCACAAAUGACUUGAGAAGCGAGGAGAACACAGAAAAUUGCUUACUUGUUCAACUGUUCAACUUCCUGUCUUGUGAUCUAAAGAAAAAAUCAUCUCUGUAGUGACUGCACGUGUUUUCCAAGGACUCCCUUAGGAACAAAAUCUCAUGCCUCUGUGUUUUGAUUUGGUUUUCCUACAUCUCUUUUUCAGUUCAUCUGUUCUGGAAGCUUUAAAGUUUUGUCAAAUAAGUUUUUUGACCAUCAAUAAAUGGACCAAUGAACUGGACACUGUCUUCAUUAAUGGUAAACUUCAAAARCAUUUCACCUGUCCUACAAAAUAUUAGCACCCUUAGUUGAGUAAAGAUGUCAUAAAUCUGGUAUUUGAAUUCAGUAACAGCAGUCUUUUUUAAAAAAAAAAGGGAAAAAAUAGAUGCACAAGCAGUUAGAAAAGUCUUAAAUUUUCUUUUGCAUUGAUUUUAUUUUUCCAGCAUUACUGAUGGUACAGUAGUCAAAUCAUAUCAGGAUUGUUCUCUCUGUGAUACCAUGGAACAGUCAGUGUCCAGAGAUAUUAAGUAGGAACGUGCAGUGCAGCUGAUGAUCAUAGUCUAAAUGCUGGUGAUAAUAAAAAAAAAAAAAAAAAGCACUUCUAGUACUCAGUUUGAAAUCCUCUUUUGUCAUGCUUAUAAUGGCGUUGCAUAGUGAUGAGAGUUUGUACAAAAAGUAAAAUGUUUGGAUAAUAUAAAUUAUGCAGUGCUCCAGUAAUGAGCAAGAUUGAAGUAACCUGAGAAGAGAGGAUCUACAGAGGAACUAUGAAAGAACUAAGAAGAAAUAAAUGCGAAUUUGGUUAAAGUAGAGUUGGUGUUAAAGCCUAAAUGUUCACUACAAUAACUGCUGAUUGACAACAUCUUUAAACUGAACAUGUGGACGUGCCAUAUAGUGAUGUUGGAGAGCUGGUUUUAGAUUAUUUGUCCAUCUGAAUUAGAAAGCAAAGGCAAUGAAAGAGGGUUGGAAUUCUGUUGCCUUCUCCGUUCUUUGGGUGUCCAUAGCACCCAAAAUUUGCUGUGAUUUCUUUUUGUUUUCUGGAACUUUGUUAUCUUUCAGUGUAAUAUUACUACUUUCGUAAAAUACUAUGACAAGAAUGAGUCAUGUACUUUACUCACAAACCUAAGAAGUGCCUGCAAUAUGAACAAAUCAGCUUUCUGUAGAAAAGGUAGCCUGUUUAAUUUUUUGAAAGUUUGUUUCUUAAAGCCAUAAUGACAGAGGUGUGUUUUUGUCAUGUUUAGCUGCUAGUUACUUGCAAAGAUGGAGUAAAAGAUGGAAGUGACUAGACAGACUUGUUGACCAAAACUCAGAUUCUCUUUUUUUUAAUAAGUGUUCUAAAGCUAAUCGCUAAUUUUUUUCUAUACACACUUGCCUUUUGGCAURCUCAGUUAUUUUUAAACUGUUUUGUGGUAACAUUUAAAAUAAAGAUAAAUGCACACCUUUGAAAUCAUUAUUGCAUUUAUGGGGAUUUUAAUUGUACUUUGUGAUUUAUUUUUCCUUACCAACCAAAAGGGUAAUGCACUGGGUUAUGUGCUCAUAUGAACAAACACAUUGUGCUCAUAUGAACAUAUUGUGUACUUUGGUCUUUAUUGUUACAUUACUGUUGGUGAUCUUAAGACUUUGUUUUUAAAAAAUUGAAUGUAGCCUGCAAAAACAUACUCUAUAACUUGAUCCACUCUACCUGUUGGUGGUAUUGACUGUCUCAAACUCAUGGAGUUGCUUUUCUUUUGAGCUGAAGAGGUCAGAAGAUACUUGACUGUUCUAAUGUGAUUUUUUUUAAGUAUUAGACCAAAUUUGUUGCUUCAUUAUAUUGUAAAUAUGUAUAGGAUCUGUAUUUCUUAUGCACCUAAUUAAUUUCCUUCUUGGAAGUUUUGGCCUGUACAGUG